AUGACAAGUAAGAUGGAUGAAUUCCUGAAUGAAGUGGAAUUCAUUAAGAAUUUAUUCUUAGAAAGGGGUUACCCUGAGGAGCUUAUUGAAAACAUUGUGAAGGAAGUUAUUGAGAAUAGAAACAAAAAAUGUUUCCCUGUAAUAGCAAUUGGUAUACCACAAGUUGACCUUACCAGUACAGAUGAUGAGUUUAUUUGUUCUGCAGAUAGCUAUCCACAGCCUGAGGUUACAUGGCAAAAAGUUUUGGGAAAUCACACAGACGAAAAAUCUGGAGAGACAUUAACAAAGGAAAGUCUGACCAAGAAAACCAAUGGAGGGAAGUUUGGACAUAUCACUGUUACAAGUACUUUGAGAAAAGGCAUAUUACAGGGAACUGGUUACAUUAAAUGUUGUGCCAACAACGCUGCUGGGUCUGUAUGUAAAAAUAUGCCAAUUGCAGAUAAAGAUACUACAGCUACUCCUUGGUUUGUUAUUGGAGCUGUUUCUGGUGGCUUACUUCUUUUAGUAGCUGUCCUCAUCUAUAGCAAAUGUAAACAGAAACCCAGGUAUGAGAGUCAGAUGAAAAUGGUGCAAUUUAUAAACUCCGCUGAUAACGAGUACAUCUAUAUCGACUGCAGUUUGUUGGACUACAAUCCUAAAUGGGAGUUUCCAAGAGAGAAUCUGGAAUUUGGAAAGACCCUUGGUUCUGGUGCAUUUGGGAAAGUUAUGGAAGCGACUGCAUAUGGUAUCUGUAAACCUGGUGUUUCAGUACAAGUUGCUGUUAAAAUGCUUAAAGACAAGCAUGAACCUUCUGAAAAGGAUGCACUGAUGUCUGAACUGAAAAUGAUGACCCAUUUGGGACAUCACAAGAACAUUGUAAACCUACUGGGAGCAUGUACAGUUUCAGGACCAGUUUAUCUCAUAUUUGAAUACUGUUGCUAUGGUGACCUUCUGAACUACUUACGAAGCAAAAGAGAAAAGUUUCACAGAAACUGGACUGAUGUCCUCAUACAGAACAGUUUCAGUUUAUAUCAUAAUUGCAACACAGAUCAUAACUGCAGGGAUAGAAUUCUAGGGUGUGACAUGCCUUUCAGACCAAGAAGCAGAACACAGGAUUCAGGAAUAUGUUCUUUUUCUCAGGACCCCGAUAAACAGUCGGAGAAUUCUGAAAGCAUAACAACUUCAGAUGAUGAUCAACAGAAAAUGUUAAACCUUGAAAGGUACGAAGAAGAUGACUUGAAUGUUCUUACCUUUGAAGACCUUCUUAUUAUUUCAUAUCAAGUUGCUAAAGGAAUGGAGUUUCUUACAUCAAGAAAUUGUAUUCACAGAGAUCUCGCUGCCAGAAAUGUUCUACUAACAACUGGAAAAGUGGCAAAAAUAUGUGAUUUUGGACUAGCCCGUGAUAUCAUGAAUGACUCAAACUAUGUCAUCAAAGGGAACGCUCGUCUACCUGUAAAAUGGAUGGCUCCUGAAAGCAUUUUCAGAGGGAUAUAUACAAAUAAAAGUGAUGUCUGGUCCUACGGAAUAUUGCUCUGGGAAAUAUUUUCACUGGGUGUCAAUCCUUACCCUGGUAUUGUAGUUGAUGAGAAGUUCUAUCGACUUAUUCAGAAUGGAUUCAGAAUGGAACAGCCAUUCUAUGCAACAGAAAACAUAUACGGCAUGAUGCAGACCUGCUGGAAUCUGAAUGCAGACAAAAGACCUUCCUUUUCUCAGCUAGUUUCCAUGAUAGAGACUCACUUGAGUGAUGCUGAAGCAGAGCUUUACCAAAAUGUGAAAUGUGGCAUGUGGUUAUACAAUCCCAGCUAUGGAAACAAACCCGGAAUCACCAUGGAUUUGCCAACACCAAGUAGCACCACAUCUCAGAGUGAAAGCUGCUGAACAUUGCAAAGCAGCAUCAAAUCUAAAUACUCAUAGCAUUCAGUUCCCAAAUAUGUAUAUUGUACUACUUAGCUGAAUUAUGUGAACUGCUAUUUCAAGAAUGACUUAGUACUUAGGUGACUAUUUCACAUUCAGAAGAUAAAUCCGGUGUUAGAUAUGAUAACAAAUAUUACAGCCUCGCUCUGGAAAACUCUAAUGGAAUUUUUGUUACAGGGAGCAGUUGCAGCUGCAGAUUGAAAUGCAACAGUCCUCUCUUCUACUCUGAUAGCAUCAAGUCACAAAACAACAGCAGCAGCAUUGCAAAAACACAAACCAAGCUUGCAGUUUUUUUUUAUAAAUAAAACAUAAUGGGGUAUGGCAUUCUGAUGCUAUUA